AAGAAGAAGGGAGGCGGUGGAGGAGGGCUGCGGCCUGGCUCAGAAUUCGGAGAGGCCGGACGGAGGGACUGAAGAGCCGCCGUCGUAGCCGCCCCCGCCCCCCCGCCACUGCUGAGAGGCCCCGUCCCGAGGAGGCAUCAUGAGUGACCAGCAGCUGGAUUGUGCCUUGGAUUUGAUGAGGCGUCUGCCUCCCCAGCAGAUUGAGAAGAACCUUAGUGAUCUGAUUGAUUUGGUCCCCAGCCUCUGUGAAGAUCUCCUGUCUUCUGUUGACCAGCCCUUGAAGAUCGCUCGUGAUAAAGUAGUGGGGAAGGACUACUUACUGUGCGACUACAACAGAGAUGGAGACUCCUAUAGAUCGCCGUGGAGCAACAAAUACGACCCUCCUCUGGAAGACGGUGCCAUGCCAUCCGCCCGCCUGCGCAAACUGGAGGUGGAAGCGAACAACGCCUUUGACCAGUACAGAGACUUGUAUUUCGAGGGGGGCGUUUCCUCCGUCUACCUCUGGGAUCUGGAUCACGGAUUUGCUGGCGUGAUUCUAAUUAAGAAAGCUGGCGAUGGAUCAAAGAAGAUCAAGGGGUGCUGGGAUUCCAUCCAUGUGGUGGAAGUUCAGGAGAAAUCCAGUGGCCGCACUGCCCAUUACAAGCUGACCUCCACAGUGAUGCUCUGGCUGCAGACGAACAAAACCGGCUCUGGCACUAUGAACCUUGGGGGCAGCCUCACCAGACAGAUGGAAAAAGACGAGACUGUGAGCGACUCCUCUCCACACAUAGCCAACAUUGGGCGCUUGGUAGAGGACAUGGAGAAUAAAAUCAGAAGUACGCUGAAUGAGAUUUAUUUUGGGAAAACGAAGGACAUUGUCAACGGACUGAGAUCUAUUGAUGCUAUUCCCGACAACCAAAAGUAUAAGCAGUUGCAGAGGGAGCUCUCCCAAGUCCUGACCCAACGCCAGAUGUACAUUCAGCCGGAUAACUAAGCCGGCCCAGGUCUGUGCAGACUUUUGCGGACAAAUCAAAGCAAGAAGCUCUGAAGAUCGACCUGGUGGAGGCUUUGAAGAAGAAGCAGCAAAGCUAAAACGAAGAAAAGCCGCUCCGUUGACGAUGCUAACGAGACAUGCCAUGCUCUCAUUAGAUUCCUUUUUCUUAGAGAACUUUUCCCCCUCUCCCUUUCUCCUCUCCCCCCCCACCCGCCUGCCACUAUUUUUUCUGUCUGCGUCUCCAUCACAUCAUGCCCACGUACAAAGUGCUGUCUCAAGUCCCACCCCCUCCCUAACCCCACCCCGGAUGAAUAAAGCUGUAUAAACUUUCAUCAGUCUCUCUCUCUCUCUCUCUCUUGGCUUAAUUUGCACCAUUUAUUUUUUUUUUAUUCUCGAGACUUUGCGGAGCACAUUUCUGUAGAGAGAAAAAGAUCCACGGGAGGGGGUGUGUGUUUAUUUUGUUGCCCUGUUUUUUUUUCCCCUGGCCCCCACCCCAACAUCUAUAUGCAUAAAAUCACCAGGCCAUUCUGUUAGUCUUACCCCUCCCUCCUUCCUUCCUUCCCUCCCCUCCCCUCCCUCUGCUUUUUUCUUUUCAUCUUUUGUUACAUUGGUGUAAAAAAUGUAAAACAAAACAAACAACAAAAAAACUUUAUUAUAUACUGUGGUGUGUGAAAGAGGAAAACGAAAAACUGGAAAAGAAAUUGUUCCAUGUAUGUUUGGGGGUGGGGGGCUGUGCGGGAGGGGGGGUGCAGAAGGCUGAAGUAAACUCUCUCCCACCCACCCCCCGACUUUUUGAGCUGCGAGGAAUUUUGCUGAGUUGGUGAUGGCUGCAAGAUGUUCUUUCUUAAUGGGGACAGUGAGGUGCUUUCUCUCUUCCCCGCCCCAAAUCCCUUCUCUUCUUUUGAUUUCUAUGGAAUGCAGAAAAUUUUUUAAACCCACCCCUCCCCGGUUAUUUUUAUUUUAUUUGUAAUGCUUAAAUCGGAAUCUACAUCUUAUACUUGAGCCUCCAUACUUAAAAAUUAAAAAAAAUAAACCACAAAAAAUGUGAAAA